AUGAUUAGUAAAGAUAAGACAAGCAGUAUUGAAGAACCUGAAUUUGCAUUAGGUUACAAAUUAUUUAUAAAAUUAUCAGAUGGAACUUCAUUACCUACAAAAUGGUUUAAAGAAUCAGUUAUUAUUAUAAACAAAUUUCUUUCAUCUAUCUAUAAUAAAGUUAUUUCAUUAACUAAAAAUACUGAUGUUUUGCCAAAUGAUUAUUAUGUAACUUUUAAAAUACAAAAAGAAGCGGGUGCCAGCACUCAAUUAGUUGAUGCACAAGAUUUCAUUAAGUUUAAAGCUGAAUAUUCAAAACUAACUGCAAGAAAAAGUGAUAUUGAAAUUUAUGUUACUAUUAUACAAUCUUUUGUUUCUUAA